CAUCGUAGCGCGUUUCUGUUGCCUUGGAUCGUUUUCAUGCUGUGCGAUGUGUUAAUUGAACUUUUUCAUUUGGUUUACUUAUCCAUAACACAGAUGGUUAAUUUCGAUCCAGUUGUAGGCUUCAUAUUUACCAUCGAUUUUUUUAUUAUGUGCCUGAAUACGUAUUGUCUGCUGUGCGUGAUAUCACAAUAUCAAAAUUACCUGCAGGGACGUGGAUAUGCGGAUCAACAGAUGCGGACGGAAAUUGUGAUAGAAACAGUGGAUGGCGAAGUGACGGAGAGGCAAAGCUGUCUGAAAACAACAAAAAUGAACAAAUCGUUGGCAAGUCCUUAUAUAACGACGAACCCGAACACUCAUAUUUCGACGAUACCAGAGGAAAUGGAUCAGAAUUACAAAAUUCGUACAAGCUCAG